GUCUACAUAGUAAACUGGAGGCUAACCCAAUACCAAUACGGUUGGAGGUUGUUGCCCCUGCCAAAUCUGCAUGUAACCGAUAAGCCCAUUCCAACUCAACUUGCACCCAAGACCAGUGGCUUUAAUUUUCCCUUUUUUUUUCCCGUUUCCUUAUUACUGUGCUUGGCUCACGGACUAGUUUGCUGCUUUAAAACCGAGGGUAUCCCGCGGGUGGCCUCAUCUCGUCCUGCAGUUUACUUUCUUUCUCUCACACCCCUCUCUCUGUGUGUCCCUCUUGAGAAUUACUCUUUCGUAUUGCUCUACCCAACGACAAGAUGGGUUCCGAUGAGAAACCCACCGUCGCCCCGCCGACAGCCUAUGCCCAUGAUCCUGAACCGGGCGAGGUCAAGGUCGGCACAAUGCAGGCUAUGGUCGAGGCCGACCUGCUCGAUGAGCGAUACAUGAACACCCAGCGCGGUCUGAAAAACCGACAUGUACAACUGAUGGCAUUGGGAGGCACAAUCGGUACCGGUCUUUUCGUGGGUUCCGGUCAAGCACUAGUGAUUGGAGGUCCAUUGUCACUCCUCUUGGGUUAUACCUUUAUCUCCGCCCUCAUUUACGCCAUUGUCACCGGAAUCGCUGAGGUGGGUGCCUACAUGCCCGUCCACGGUGGUACCAUGAGCUACCACGGUUUCCGCUACGUCUCACGAAGCUUGGGCUUCGCCAUGGGAUACCUGUAUUGGUACUCCUUGGCCAUUCUCGCAGCUUAUGAGAUUGUCGCCGCAUCCAUGGUCAUUGAGUACUGGCCUAACAGCGUUCACCUCGCCGUCUGGAUUACCAUCAUGCUGGUCGUCAUUGUGCUACUCAACUUUCUUCCGGUCAGCGCCUAUGGCGAGAGCGAGUUCUGGUUUGCUAGCAUUAAAAUCAUCACCCUAAUCGGCCUGCUGAUCCUCUCCUUCAUUCUUUUCUGGGGCGGCGGUCCCAACCGUCAACGACUCGGCUUCCAUUACUGGAAGGACCCGGGCGUAAUGAACACAUACUUGGUCUCUGGCGAUCGCGGUCGCUUUGUGGGCUUCUUGCAGUGCAUCGUCAAGAGCGCCAUUGCCUUCCUCUUCGCUCCCGAGCUGGUGGUCAUCAGUGGCGGCGAAAUGGAAUCCCCGCGCCGGAACAUUCCCAAAGUGGCUCGUAGGUAUAUCUACCGACUGGUCAUCUUUUACCUGCUGGGAUCGCUCGCCAUCGGGGUCAUCUGCCCCUCCAACGCGAGCCAAUUGGUGAACGGCAAUGGUCAGGACGCCUCAUCCUCUCCCUUCGUCGUCGCGAUUUCCAACGCCGGCAUUCCAGUCCUGGACCACAUCGUCAAUGCGGCCAUUCUUACAUCGGCCUGGUCAGCCGGGAACUCCUUCCUCUACAUGUCCUCUCGCUCCCUCUACGGCCUCGCGGUCUCGGGCAAUGCCCCCAGCAUCUUCAAAGCCUGCAACCGCUGGGGAGUCCCGUAUUACGCGGUCGGCGUCUCGUCGCUCUUCCUCUUUCUCGCCUAUAUGUCGGUGGGAAGUGGCAGUAACACCGUCUUCAACUGGCUGAUCAACUUCACCAACACCUCCGGCUUCAUCAGCUGGACCUGCUGCGGCAUCAUCUACAUUCGGUUCAACAAGGCCACCCAAGUGCAAGGCAUCGAAAAGCCGUACCGCUCCAAGAUGCAGCCCUAUGGUAUGUAUGUCGGCAUGGCCGGGGCGAUUUUCUUGACCCUGAUCAACGGGUUCACCUCUUUCUUCCCGUCGGAAUGGUCCGCGUCGACCUUCUUCACAGCCUACAUUGGGAUUCCCGCUUUCCUGGUCCUAUACGCCGGUCACCGCAUUGUUUUCUGGAAUGACCCCUGGGCGUGGAAGCCCGAGGAGGUGGACUUGCAGACCGGAUUGGAGGAAAUUCUGGCGGCGGAGAAACCGCCGCGCCCGCGCGAUACGUGGGGACGGAAGUUGAUGGCGAUUAUCGAAUGAUCUUUCUCGAUUGAUUCCCCUCAUCUCGGCGAUCUGUGUUGGGAUGUUAUCGCAAUGUAUGAGAGUAGAUAUAAUCAUUUAUCUGUUGCCUUUCCACUCCAAAUGAUACCACUUGCAUGUUCGUCACCUACUCUCCAUCGAUGGUGUAGAUAAGGCGUGUAGUAUUACGUACGUGAUAUGAUAUGAUAUGCUUGACCCACCAGACCCAUAUCAUCUUAUCUGUUGUGAUAAAGUUGUCUCUGCCGUUGGGGAUCCACGUGGAGAGUCGAGACUCGGUUUUAACUCCGGGGCUGUUAUUUUUCCGGGACUUGACACCUCAGGCACUAAGGUGGGGAAGUUUGGAGAUAACUACUGGGAAUUGUUAGGAUCAGCUGAUAUUACAAUUAUCAACCUUUGGAGCAUGAUUCAGUAAAAUCAACUACUAGUGAUUUGAUUCUUUUCCCCCCUUUUAACCCCCGCCUUUGCUGCAGAAAACUUGAUUGGCAGCAUGCCAACAUGAUUCAUGUCCCAAGUGGAAAUAUAUGUUUCACACCGAACGACUUUCCAGCUAGAAGAACCUCCCGUAUCACUACUGAAAGCUCC